AUGGUUGAGGACCUCUCUCGAGUGAGGAUCAAAGCUCUGGCUUGUCUCAGCUAUGUCUUACCGCCAUGUAUCUCCGUUGGGACAUCGCAUGUCAUGCUCGGUAUUGCCGACCUUGGAAACAAGAAGAGUGAGCUAAAUUGUGACCCAGGCCAUGUCAAAGAAUAUCUUGUGCGACUCGCCGUUUGGUCUAGAUACAGCCAUGGGGGAGAUGCAGAAUGA